UAUAUUUUCGCAAUACAGAGACGAAAUCGAAGGCCUCCGGAAGAGACUCAGCGACAGGGCGGCUGCUGGGUCACGGAAGGGAGGAGCAGCGGAAGCUUCGAGUGGAAGUGAGCCUCCUGCUAGAGACGUUGUAAUACGCGAGGAGCAGCGUUCUCCCUCGCUCACUUCUUCUCAAUCUUGGUCUGCACGAAUACACAUUGACGACGACGACGACGACGACGACGACGAUGACGAGGACCAAGAACAAGAAGAGUGUUCAGUCUCUCCUUCGAAUAACAAGCAGGUAGUUCAAUUCAGAUUCAAAAAUGGCGAGUUUGGAGCGUCAAACUCAGCUUCUUGUGCAUCCUCCAAAUCUACGCAUGCAGGGGCUUUCUCUAGUAGCGUAAGUGCCUCUUUGCGCGAACAAGAUGACGAAUCAGUGCAGGUAGUUGCGAUUGGAGGAGCGAACUUUGAUCCUGUUCUUGGUCAUGAUGAACAAACGGAACAAGUUCUAGAUCUACUACACAGUGAUCAACACUACAAUUCAUCUUCCGCGACUUCUGCCACUGGCACAUCACAGCAACAGGAGGAUGCUUUUCUAGCUGAGGAACUGGCAGAACAUGCUGCUUUGCUAGAAAAAGUGCAAGCCUUCGUACAGCAUGAACGAGAACGGGAAAUAGAGGCUCUGCGAUUAGCGAAGGAAGCCGAGAUAGCGGCGCUGCAAGCAGAGAUAGUGGAGUUACGAGGAGACGGAGAGAGUGGACAAGGUACUUAUUGCUAUAAGAUCUGUGUGAUCUGCCUAAUGAAUGCGUCGUAGUUGUAGGCACACAUGAUGAUGUACAAACUUCACCAUCUUGGCAUCUCUAUGUCGUUACAACGAUCACCAAGAAUUACUCAAGAUGAACAUGAAAGUAUCAGACUUCUUAGUUUUACGUUUACCUCGAUACUCAACCAGUGCUCAUCUGUUUGAUGGCUGUCUCAUCUCUCCACAGGUCAUGUUCCUUCGUCUCUGUGUCCCGGAGACGGAGUUCCCGGUCGACAAUCAUUUACGAGUUCAACAUCCAACAAUGUGCCAAUUUCUGCCGUAAAACCCUCAGCAUGCUCUUCCUCUUCUGCUUCGUCUUCUAGUGUAAUAAAGGCAACCAGCACGACUCCAUGGACGCACUCUUCAACCGGUAGUUCGCCAGUAAUGCAGUUACAACCGCACAUCAACGCUUUACAUUCUAGAAUCCUCGAGUUAGAAGCCGUUCUGAAGCAAGGUGGUCAAUCCUUGAAUCCCUCACCUGUGAGAGCAGAGGCGUUGGAUUUCGAUGUGGGCCAAGAAGCUGGUUCGAGGAGGACAUCAGGAGGAGGAGGAGGGAUUUCAUCUUCGAGCAGCAAUAGCUGUAGUAGCAGUGGUGCAACUAGUAGUACUGGGCCUCUUGGGCGGCUACCUGAAGCUCCUUCUAAAAUUGAAGAAGGAGCAAACCGCUCUAGUACUUACAGGGAAGACCACAGAGGUGGGACCACAACUCUGGUGCCGUUACGUACCGCUUCUAAUGGAGCAGUAGAUCCUGAACAAGCACGGGAGGAUAGUAUUUUAAGGGCUAGCCAAUUACAUCCUCCACAACCAUCCCGCAUUCUCUUUCUAGUAGGAAAGAGGUGGGGGAUGUUGAUGUUCUGAAGGAUGUAAUGUGGCAACCUUUAAGUAUGGCAAUAAAAAGAGAAGAUACUGAAGUGGCCUCGUCCUCAAGCUGCGAACAAAGGACGAUUGUUGAGACUCCUACAAUUUUGGGUCAACAACAGCUACAGAGAUCUCUAGACGGCAACAACAUCUUGCUUCGCGAAGAGACCAUCCAGGGUCUCGUCCGGGAGAACGCUGAGUUGCUAGCCAAAUUGGAGGAGGUCUUUGCUGAAAAACGGCAACUCUUGGAGGUAACAGAUAGUUCUUUCGGGAAGCGGGAUGAUUUGAUGACGGAGCUGCAGAUCUUCAGAGCGGAAAGGGCAGACAUGCAGCAAAAGUACUCAAGUCUGUGUGAAGAGAUGGAUCGACUAAGGCACACAAACCAAGCGCUCGCUGAGCAACUCUUUGCAGCUACGUCGCCAGGAGUGACCAGUGGUAGUGGCAGUGGGUGUGCUGUGGGGAUGUUGGAUUUGGCUGGAGGUGGAGGUGGUCGAGGACCAUGAAGAAAGGAAAGCGACAUAAGGGGCUUAAAGCCUAGAUGCUGAGCAUAGGGUCAUGAAGAAAGGAAAGCUACAUAUAUAAGGGGGUUAAAGCCUCCCAGAUGCUGAGCGCAUGCAGGGAACUAGACGCUUCAACGCAGAACAAGAUACAAAUAAAGAUUUCUCCUGGUUUUUUUUGGUCGCACCAGUGUCAUCAGAUUGUCAGCUGUUGUCAAGAAGAAGAAUACGUGUCGUACUAGAUGUUGAUAAAUUGGAAUUUUAUACAAUUUUUUUUUUUCGUUGGAGGUCCUCCCGUAUAAGAAUAUUACAUGCGCCGACCGUGGCGCACGCGCGUGAAGAAGAAUACAAAAACAGAGGAAAAGGCGCGGUUCAAA